CAGUCCGCGGAGAGAUCCGAUCGAGUGAGCUUCGCGCUACCCAGCCUUUUUUCCACAAAUCCACUAAGUUCCGGGCCGAAAAGUGAAAACCUAUAGUCAAUAGGCCAGUAGUCGCAGGUGCUAAACGUAACGAGCUCAGGAUUAAAUAGAUAACCGGAUACAAUCAUGGCAUCCCACUGGCCCGAGAACGUUGGCAUACGCGCCAUCGAGAUUCUCUUCCCCUCCCAGUACGUGGACCAGACGGAGCUGGAGACCUUCGAUGGUGCCUCCGCGGGCAAGUACACAAUUGGCCUGGGCCAGGCCAAGAUGGGCUUCUGCUCGGACCGCGAGGAUGUUAACUCUCUCUGCCUGACGGUUGUGAGUCGCCUGCUGGAGCGACACCAUGUGAACCACUCGGAGAUCGGACGACUGGAGGUGGGUACCGAGACCAUUGUGGACAAGUCCAAGUCGGUGAAGUCCGUGCUGAUGCAGCUGUUCGCCGAGAGCGGAAACACGGACAUCGAGGGCAUCGACACCACAAACGCCUGUUACGGCGGCACGGCGGCGCUCUUCAAUGCCGUCAACUGGGUGGAAUCUUCCAGCUGGGACGGCCGCCUGGCUUUGGCCGUUUGUGCUGAUAUCGCCGUGUACGCCAAGGGUGCAGCGCGCCCAACUGGCGGUGCGGGUGCUGUGGCUAUGCUGGUGGGUCCAAAUGCGCCGCUUAUCCUCGAUCGUGGACUACGCGCCACGCACAUGGAGCACGCCUACGACUUUUACAAGCCGGACCUCAGCUCCGAAUAUCCCACGGUAGAUGGAAAGCUCUCUAUUCAGUGCUACCUUUCUGCUCUGGACACCUGCUACAGGCUGUAUCGCAAGAAGUUCGACCAGCAGCAGAAGGAUAGUUCCAAGCAGCCGGCCAGCCUGAGCACCUUCGAUGCUAUCCUAUUCCACACACCCUUUUGCAAGUUGGUGCAAAAAUCUGUGGGUCGCCUGAGCUUCAACGAUUUCCUGCUGAGCAGUGAGGAGGAGCGAACAAAGCAGUUUCCCGAAUUGGAACGCUUCAAUACCGCCACCCUGGAGAGCACCUACUUCGAUCGCGAUGUGGAGAAGGCCUUCAUGACGCAGUCCGCCGACAUCUUUGCUAGCAAGACCAAGAAAUCGCUGCUGCUGGCCAACCAAGUGGGCAAUAUGUACACCCCCUCGGUGUACUCCGGCUUGGUGUCUCUGUUGAUUGGCGGACCAGCCAAUGAGCUGGUCGGAAAGCGCAUUGGUUUGUUCUCCUACGGAUCCGGACUGGCUGCUUCCAUGUACUCGAUAAGCGUGACCCAGGAUGCGGCUGCUUUCGAAAAGUUUGUCUCGAAGCUGGAAUACGUGCAGCCAUUGCUGAAUUCACGGGAGAAGGUUGCGCCCGAGCAGUUCUCCGCGUUGAUGGAGGUGCGGGAGAAGAACAACCAUGCGGCGCCCUACACGCCUACGGGCAGCAUCUCUGCACUGUUUCCCGGUACCUACUAUCUGAAGGAUGUGGAUGCGCUGCAUCGACGCACCUACGAGCGCACGCCGACCAUCAGCAAUGGGGUGCACUAACCCCGGGCUAUGGUUCCUUCGGUUUGGUUUCGGUUUCGCCUACAACUUGACAAUAACUCUAACUCUCUCGACCAAACCCAUGUAAGCUGUAGCUGUAGAUGGUAUCUAUUUAUAACUGGUGUGAUCCCAAUGGAUCGCAUUCCUUUUGCUCUUAUCCGGGUCCUUGUCGCGUAUAUACUACUACACUUCUUAUUUAUACAAGCUUGCGAAUUAACUCUUUCAUCCAAUCAGACCUUAUUUAUAUAAUGGAACAAGUCUUAACUAGCGUCGGUACUGCAAUCUAUGCCUAUAAUUGUACAAUACUUAUACCUGUGUGUAAUGCACACAAUCAAUUGUUUAACAAACAAUAAAAAUCAACAAAGUCGAA